AUGUCGAUGCCAACCGGUGCCCCUCAAUUGGCAAAUGAUGCCUUGAUCCUUGCUUUGGAAGAGGAACGGAAUCAUCAGGCUAGCAGGAAAGAAACCCAUGGACUACCACCACAAUUUGUCCCAAGCCAACUGAACCAUGACCAUGAUAAUAACACGUGUGUUUCUUCCAUCACCGAUGCUAUGCAUGACGCAGAGCUGUUUGUGGACCGCAUGUAUCCCACUCUACAGGAUGUGCCAGAAGAAGAGGAGCAAGAAGAAGAAGACUCCAUCGAGCUUCCAAUGAAGCCGUCUGGUCCCCUAAUCGGUGCCCCUACAACAGAAAAUGAUGCCUUGAUCCUUGCUUUGGAAGCGGAACGGAAUCAUCAGGCUAGAAGGGAAGAAACCCAUGGACUACCACCAAAAGUUGUACCGAGCCAACAGAACCAUGACCAUGAUAAUGACACGUGUGUUUCUUCCAUCACCGAUGCUAUGCAUGAAGCCGAGCUGUUUGUGGACCGCAUGUAUCCCGCUCUACAGGAUGUGCCAGAGGAGGAGCAAGAAGAAGAAUCCAUCAAGCUUCCCACAAAGUCGUCUCGUCCCAAGAAGACAACCAUGAGCGCAGCAUACGACGAAAAGACUCUUCUAACGUCGGGAAUCAAGGUCGUUGAUGGAAAAAAGACUGAUGCUGUGGGAGCCGUUAAAGAUCCAAUUUUGGUGGCCCCUCUUGAAUCCAAGGAUGCAGUGGCUUCCGGCAGCAAUGAGAUGGAGGAUGGGAGUGACAAUGCUCAAGGUGUUCGCCAUCCACAUAUUAGUCAACUGAUUGCAGGGAUGCAACCACUCCCACAACUGAUACGCCACCAUGGCUCGGCAGACACGGCUCAGCCUGGGGCCUUCCACAGAGAUGGCGAAUGCCAUCGAUGA